AUGCCCAUAUGCAUCACAUGCAGUACUCCGGUCAAGGAGCUAUACACUGUUUACAGCAAAGCAGAUGACCGAACUCUGGGUAAAGGUGUGCGCUUGACACAAUGCCCCAACUGCAAACGGUUCGCCGACAAAUAUGUCGAACAUGACUUUGUCGUCCUCUUUAUCGAUCUGGUAUUGAUCAAACCACAGGUCUACCGCCAUCUUUUAUUCAACAGGUUGGGACGCUCCGAUGACAAGUUCGAUCCCAGCAUCUUGCGCCUGGGCACCUUGCUUGUCCUCUUCGACGUCUAUAUCACCUGGGCAAGGAUCGAGAAAUCAAAUGUAACAAAUGGUGGCCUUGCUGUGGGUUCCCGGCUUAGCGAGAUGCCCAUUCUAGCACAGUAUCUUUUCUUUUUGACCAUGAAUGUCCUGGCGACGUUUGCCCAGCACGGCAUUAUUCGGACAAUGGUCCGAAUGCUUGUCUCCCAUCAGGAAAAGAAAGACCAGGCUCUCGUAGAUGCGAAGCCCACAACGGCCUCCUUCUCGACCCCCUAUACUCGCCCGACCAUUGCCCCAAGCCAUGCCAGCUCUAGCGCCAUCAGCACAGCCUUGCUAGUCUCCAGCUGCACCAAGUUAUUUCCCAUCCUGUUGGUCAUCUGGCCGACAGAGACAAAGGAAAGCGACUCAUUCGGUUUUGCAUUUCGCGCGACAAACUAUGUGGGAUGGGCAGUCCUUCUCAACAAUAUCGAAGCACUGCUGAUUUUACUCAACUGCGGGUAUAUGAUUGCGACUGGCUUGGCAAUUUCUGGUUUUGUCGCGAGGUGGAUGGUGGAAGGCUGGUUUUUGAGCUUCAUUGGGUUGGCACGAGAUACUGGUCCUGUAGGAGAUGUCCUGGCCGCGUAUCGCUUUCUGGGAGAAUGGUUGAAAGGGAGCGAAUAG